CGGAGCCCAGCGCAGUUGCCGGUUGGAGCCCACCCCUCUGCAGUAUGCAUGUUCGCCAGGGAAUCCGCGAAGCGCUCACGUCCCAGCAGUGCACUUCUCCGGCCAGAGACCAUCUAAUCGAGAGCCGAGGAUAAAAACCGUUGGAUGAGGCAGGCGGACCGGAGGCGGAAAGCCCGAAAGCGAGCGCAGGAAUACAGUAGUAUUUACUACAGGAAUACACGCUGCCUCCCUCCUCUGAACGUGGACAAUCAUGCAUGUGCUCUUCUGGGGCUUGGGAUUCCUGCUGUUCCCUGAUUUCUUGAAUGUAGUCGCAUCCACGGGGAGAUUGCUUUUGAAUUCCAGCACAGUGAGAGAGGACCUCGUCUCUUAUGAGAUUGUAACGCCGGUGCGAGUGAAUGAAGCCGGGGAAAAGUUCCCAACCAGCGUGCACUUCAAGAGGAAAAGGCGAAGUCUGGACGAGGGCACCGGGAACGCCACGGACCACUGGGCCUCGCCAAACAUCCACUACAGGAUAUCUGCUUUCGGACAGAGCUACCACCUGAAUCUGACGGUGGAUUGGGGAUUUAUCGCGCCUCUCUACACGGUGACAGUACUCGGAGUGCCCCGGGGAGGCAACGCCACGGAUUUCUCGACAGAUGCGGAGGGGGAGGAGGAGGUGGAGGAGGAAGAGGACACGGAGCUGAGGCACUGUUUCUACAGAGGGCAUGUGAACGCACACGCACAGCACGCCGCGGUCAUCAGCCUGUGCUCCGGACUGCUCGGCACUUUCAGGUCUCCAGAUGGGGAGUAUUUUGUGGAGCCUCUACACAGCUAUGGGGGUCAACACUAUGAAGAGGAACACACAAAACCUCAUAUUGUAUACAGGAAGCGUGCAUCCAAGAAACAGACAACUGAGAGGAGCUCGGCUUGUGACACUUCAGGACACAAACACAGACAAAAGAGACACAAGCUGAAGAGAGGGCCGGCGGCCGAGGUCACCGCCGUUUCCGACGCGGCCCCUCUGGUCAGUGCCGACAUAUUCCACGACCUGGAGUCGCUGAGCACCAGCCUGUCAAAGACGGCUCUGCUCAGAUCAGAGAACAGCUCCGCUAGCACCAGACCGUCAAAUGAUAGCAGCGGUGACUCAGGACCUCACAGGAGAUCAAAGCGCUUCCUGUCCUACCCGCGCUUUGUUGAAGUCAUGCUGGUGGCCGACAGCAAAAUGGUGGAGCAUCACGGCAGUAAUCUACAGCACUACAUACUCACUUUAAUGUCUAUAGUCUCUUCUAUCUACAAAGAUCCCAGCAUUGGCAACCUGAUCAACAUUGUAAUUGUUAAGUUAGUGAUAAUAAAUAAUGAGCUGGAGGGUCCAGUCAUUUCAUUCAACGCACAGACCACUUUAAAGAACUUCUGCAUCUGGCAGCAGAGCCAGAACAUCCUGGAUGACAACCACCACUCCCAUCACGACACUGCCAUCCUUAUCACCAGGCAGGACAUCUGCAGAGCCAGGGAUAAGUGUGACACCUUAGGCCUUGCAGAGUUGGGGACAGUUUGUGAUCCAUAUCGAAGCUGCAGCAUCAGCGAGGACAACGGGCUCAGCACCGCAUUCACCAUCGCCCACGAACUUGGUCAUGUCUUCAACAUGCCUCAUGACGAUAGUAACAAGUGUAAGGAGGACGGAGUAAAGAUACAACAGCAUGUGAUGGCUCCCACGCUUAAUUACAACACAAACCCUUGGAUGUGGUCCAAGUGUAGCAGGAAAUACAUCACAGAGUUUCUUGACACAGGAUAUGGUGAGUGCUUGCUCGACGAGCCCGUUUCUGGGCCGUACGGUCUCUCGCAGCAGCUGCCCGGGCGGAUAUACAAUGUCAAUAAACAGUGUGAAUUGAUAUUCGGGCCGGGGACACAGGUGUGCCCUUAUAUGACUCAGUGUCGGAGGUUGUGGUGCACUAGUCCGGAGGGGGCCCAGCGGGGCUGCAGGACGCAGCACAUGCCAUGGGCAGACGGCACCGAUUGCUCCCCUGGAAAGCACUGCAAACACGGCCUGUGUAUACCCAAAGAGCAUGACACAGCGCCGGUGGAAGGAGCGUGGGGAGUGUGGAGUCCUUUUGGUAGCUGUUCGCGAACAUGUGGUGGUGGAAUAAAGAUCGCCAUGCGCGAAUGCAACCGACCAAUGCCCAGGAAUGGAGGAAUGUAUUGUGUUGGUCGCCGGAUGAAGUUUCGUUCUUGUAACUCUGAGCCUUGCUCCAACCAGAAGAAGGACUUCAGGGAGGAACAAUGCGCCGCAUUUGACGGCAGGCAUUUCAACAUCAACGGUCUACCUCCAAAUGUUCGCUGGGUGCCCAAAUACAGCGGAAUUCUCAUGAAGGACAGGUGUAAGCUGUUCUGCAGGGUAGCAGGCAGCACGGCCUACUACCAGCUCAGGGAUAGGGUCAUCGAUGGCACGCCAUGUGGACCCGAUACCAACGACAUCUGUGUCCAGGGCCUGUGCAGGCAAGCAGGCUGUGAUCAUGUACUGAACUCUAAAGCCAGGAGGGACAAGUGCGGCGUGUGUGGGGGGGAUAACUCUUCCUGCAAAACUGUGGCUGGCACUUUCAACACUGUACGCUAUGGCUAUAAUGAAGUAGUGCGAAUACCCACUGGGGCUACAAAUAUAGAUGUGCGUCAACACAGCUACUCAGGGAAACCGGAGGAUGACAACUACCUCGCCGUAUCAAAUAGCCGUGGAGAAUUCCUGCUUAAUGGAGAAUUUGUGGUCAGCAUGUUUAAAAGGGAAAUAAAAGUGGGAAAUGCCAUCAUUGAGUACAGUGGCUCGGACCAUGUCAUUGAGAGGAUCAACUGCACUGACCGCAUCGAAGAAGAGAUCAUUGUUCAGGUGCUGUCUGUGGGGAACCUUUACAACCCAGAUGUCAGGUACUCUUUUAACAUCCCCAUAGAGGAUAAGCCUCAGCAGUUCUUCUGGGAUGCGUAUGGGCCCUGGCAGGAGUGCAGCCGCCUGUGCCAAGGAGAGCGCAAGCGAAAGAUUGUCUGCAGCAGAGAGCUGGACCGGGUGGUGGUGUCGGACCAGCGGUGUCAUGGUAACGCUCGGCCUGCUGCCAUCACCGAGCCCUGUAACACUGAAUGCGAACUCAGGUGGUACGUGGCUCGUAAAAGUGAGUGCACAGCCCAGUGUGGUAUUGGAUAUCGUUCUCUGGAAAUAUAUUGUGCCAAGAUCAGCCGCGCAGAGGACAAGACCCAGAAAGUUGAUGACCGCUACUGUAGUGGGCAACGUAAACCCGAUGACAAGGAGAGUUGCCAUGGAGACUGUAACCCAGGCGGUUGGGAAUACUCACCCUGGUCAGAGUGCUCCAAAAGCUGUGGUGGGGGCACCCGCCGCCGGGGCGCCGUUUGUCGAAAGACACCUGAUGCUGGUAGUGACGAAAGCAAAUGCAGUCAAAGGGACAAACUGACCUGCCUUGUAACAUGCGGAAAAGGUUACAAGCACCGGCAGACGUGGUGCCAGUUUGGUGAGGACCGUCUCGAUGAUCACUUUUGUGGUUCGUCCAAACCUGAGUCGGUGCAGACGUGCCAGCAACAAGAGUGUGCCUCUUGGCAAGUUGGACCGUGGGGACAGUGCACUACCUCUUGUGGGCCAGGCUACCAGAUGCGGGCUGUGAAGUGUAUUGUCGGCUCUUAUGGUGCCGUUAUGGACGACACUGAAUGUAACGCUGCUACUCGACCCACCGAUACCCAGGACUGUGAACUGGCCCAGUGUCCGAGCAACCAUCCUGUUCCACCAGGAACCAAUGUCCCCUCCCACCAGGGCCACAAAACCCAGUGGCGCUUUGGUUCCUGGACACAGUGUAGUGCCAGUUGUGGCAAAGGAACACGGAUGCGGUACGUGAGCUGUCGAGACAACCAGGGUGGUGUUGCAGACGAGUCAGCAUGUGCUCACCUCCAGAAACCACCUGCGAGGGAAGUGUGCUCAGUUGUAGCAUGUGGACAGUGGAAAGUACUGGAAUGGACAGUGUGCUCAGUGACCUGUGGACAGGGAAAGACGACACGACAGGUGCUGUGCGUAAAUUUCAGUGACCAAGAAGUGAGUGCUAGUGAGUGUGACCCAGACGAUCGUCCUACCUCAGAGCAGGCCUGUACUAUGUCUCAAUGCCCGUCCCGUUCCAGUGAGUCCCGACCUUUGCCGUCCUCACCCAACACCAGCACCAGGAACAACCUGCCUCGCAGCCAACCCCACCAGUGGCGGACUGGCCCCUGGGGAGCGUGCUCCAGCACAUGUGCUGGAGGUUUCCAACGGAGAGUAGUGGUGUGCCAGGAUGAGAACGGUUAUCCUGCCAACACUUGCGAGGAUGACAGCCGACCCAGCGAGCAACAGUCCUGUGAGUCAGGGCUGUGUCCGCAGUGGAUCUAUGGCAACUGGGGAGAGUGUACUAAGCCAUGUGGAGGUGGGAUAAAGACAAGGCUGGUGGUAUGCCAGCGUCCAAACGGCGAGCGUUUCAGUGAUCUAAGCUGCGAGAUCCACGACAAGCCACCAGAUCGAGAGCAGUGCAAUACUCAGCCGUGCCCUUCUAGCCCCCACUGGAGCACAGACCCAUGGAGCUCGUGUUCAGCCUCCUGUGGAAGGGGCUUCAAAUCCCGUAAAGUGAGCUGUGUGACCGGCUCUGGCCGUCCCGUCCAGGAGGAAAACUGCCUGCAUUUAUCCCCGAAACCCGGCAAGCAGAGGCGCUGUCGAGGUGGACGAUGCCCCAAGUGGAAGACUAGCGGCUGGGGCGAGUGCUCAGCCUCCUGCGGAGACGGCGUUCAGAGACGGGAGGUUUUCUGUCAGAAUGGAGACGGGCGGGUCCGGCUGGAGCUGGGCUGUCCGCAGAGGUCCCGGCCGGCCUCCAGCCAGAGCUGCCGGCUGUCCGAAUGCCCGUCCCGGUUCCGCUGGAGGGAGGGGGAGUGGAGGACGUGCAGUAAAUCGUGCGGAUCGGGCCACCGGCAGCGAGCCUUGCAUUGUGUGGAUCACAACCAGCAGGAAGUGCAUGAAAUGUACUGCGUCAACCAGAUCCGACCCCCCACCAUGGAGAGCUGCAGCACGCAGGCCUGUGAACUGAUCUGGAUCACAGGGGAGUGGACAGAGUGCUCGGUCACCUGUGGUCAGGGCUACCGGCAGCGUCUCGUCUCUUGCAGUGAGGUGCAUGUGGAGACUGACAACUAUGAGUAUGGCCCUCAGUCUUUGUCCAACUGCCCUGGGACCCCCCCAGAGAGCUACAUGACUUGUAAUCUGGUGAGCUGUGGCGAUGGAGUGAUGAUGAGGACAGUGCAGUGUGUGUCAGCAGAUGGUCAAGAAGGCGAUGCAUGUUCUCAGGAUGGAAUGCCUGCCUCCAGAAAAGUCUGCCGGAAUCCAAGCUGCCAUUUACCCUCUAGCUGUCUUGAAAUCCAGGGUUUGAAUGGCCCCAUCCCAGACAGUGAACACAUUCUCAGUAUUCAAGGAAAAGCACUGAAGGUCUACUGUGCUGGAAUGCAGACAGGGACUCCACAGGAGUACAUAACCUUGACAACCGGGGAAGGGGAGAAUUUUUCAGAGAUCUUUGGCUUCAGGCUCAAUGACCCCACCCAAUGUCCGACCAAUAACUCCAGGAGAGACGACUGCGACUGCAGGAGGGACCACACUGCUGCGGGCAUCACCACCUUCUCCAAGGUUCGCCUGGACGUUACAAGCAUGAACAUUCUCACUACAGACUGGCAGUUUUCUUACACCCGUGAAGGCAAGAGUGUUCCGUUUGCAACGGCCGGAGACUGUUACAGUGCAGCCAGUUGUCCACAGGGCCGGUUUAACAUCAACCUGUCCGGAACAGGCUUGAGGAUGGCUGAGGAUGCUUCGUGGAUCUCCCAGGGCAACUAUGUUGUAGCUAAUGUGGAGAAAUCAGAGGGUGGAAGCAGAGUGUCAGGAACCUGUGGAGGCUACUGUGGGAAAUGCUUACCCUCCUCUGGUCGCACUUUGCCCUUUGUGGCUCAUCAGGCCCAAAACCAGACGCCUCAAACCGAAUCGCCUGUUCUCAGGCUCCGUCUGAAGGUCUCCAGCUGUUACCUGCAGUAUUGUGUACUGAUCUUGUCAGACCCUGUAAAAAUCUAUGAAAAGAUGAUGGUCUUGUUAAUGUGCUGGAACAUAAAAUGGUCGCUCUUCAACAUCGGCAUGAUUAUCCUGAUAUACCUGACACCAUGGGAGCGCUCCACCUAUUACGGCUGA